CACGAAUAGAGCUAUUUGAGACAAAAGCACUGUCUUUGUGAGGUUCUGGGUUAGCAGAUUCAGUGUUUUGGUUUUUGAAGGAACGAUUAAGGAUACACAUUGGCACACUGGCAUAUGCUUCUUCGGAACAAAAAGAACCAUACUGAGAUGGAUGUGAAACUACUUUUCAUAUUAACAUUGUUAGGAAUCUUCUGUUGUGGCAGAGCUCAACAAGAAUGGAACGAGUGCAUUAAAGCCAAUGUUUUAUCAUGUGGGGAGUGUAUUCAACUUGGGGUAACAUGUGGAUGGUGCACGGAUACAGAGUUUCUGAAACAGGGAGAGCCCACGUCUGCUCGCUGUGAUGAGCUGGAAUCACUGAAGAAGAGAGGGUGUGCAGUGCCCAAAAUCGAGAACCCUCGAGGUAGCCAGAAGAUCCUCAAAAACAAGAAUGUCACCAAUCGUAAGAAAGGGGCGGAGAAACUCAAACCAGAGGACAUCACACAGAUUCAGCCUCAGAAACUUACCCUCAGCCUUAGAUCGGGUGAACCACAGACUAUUAAUUUGAAGUUCAAGCGGACAGAGGACUAUCCCAUUGACCUGUAUUACCUGAUGGACCUGUCCUACUCCAUGAAAGACAAUUUGGAGAAUGUCAAAAACCUGGGAACAAGUUUGAUGCGGGAAAUGUCAAAGAUCACUUCAGAUUUCAGAAUAGGCUUUGGCACCUUCGUGGAGGAAACAGUCAUGCCUAUUGUCGGUACUACUCCAGCCAAGCUGCUGAACCCAUGCACGGGGGACCAGAACUGCACCAGUCUCUUCAGCUACAAGAACGUCCUGAAGCUUACCAGCAAUGGGCAGCAGUUCAACACGCUCAUAGGCCAGCAGCAGAUCUCUGGAAAUCUGGACCCUCCUGAGGGUGGUUUUGAUGCUAUCAUGCAAGUGGCUGUCUGUGGUGAACACAUUGGCUGGAGGAACGUCACCCGCCUGCUGGUGUUCUCCACAGAUGCUGGUUUCCACUUUGCCGGCGAUGGGAAACUUGAUGGGAUUGUGAUUCCUAAUGAUGGAAAAUGUCACCUGAAGGACAAUAUGUACACCAUGAGUCAUUAUUACGACUAUCCUUCCAUUGCCCACCUGGUCCAGAAAUUGAGUGAAAACAACAUUCAGACAGUCUUUGCUGUCACAGAAGAGAUUCAGUCUGUUUACAAAGAAUUGAAGAAACUCAUUCCAAAGUCAGCAGUGAGCACACUCUCUGCCAACUCCAGCAAUGUUAUCAAUCUUAUUAUUGAUGCCUACAAUUCUCUUUCUUCAGAGGUGAUUCUGGAGAACAGCAAGCUGCCUGAAGGGGUGGACAUCACAUACCAGUCACACUGUAAAAAUGGAAUGAUCAACGUUGGAGAAAAUGGAAGAAAAUGCUCCAGUAUCUCCAUAGGAGAUGAGGUCUCCUUUAGUAUCAACAUCACUGCUCAGGGCUGUCCCAAGCAAGGCAAGUCUGAGACUAUCAAAAUCAAACCUCUGGGUUUUACUGAAGAAGUGGAGAUCAAGCUCAGUUUCAUCUGCGAGUGUGAGUGCCACCAGUAUGGCAUUAAGAACAGUGAACUUUGUCAUAACGGCAAUGGGACAUUUGAGUGUGGAACCUGCAGGUGUAAUGAAGGCCGCAUAGGGAGACAGUGUGCAUGCCAGAUGGAUGAGGUGUUCAGUGAGGACUUGGACAUGAACUGCCGUAUGGACAACGGCAUAGACAUCUGUAGCAACAAUGGAGAAUGUGUGUGUGGCAAGUGUGAAUGCAGGAAGAGAGAUAACCCAGAGGAACGCUACAGCGGGAAGUACUGUGAAUGUGACAACUUCAACUGUGACCGCUCCAACAACAAACUUUGUGGAGGUCACGGUCGCUGUGAGUGUCGGGUAUGCAUCUGUGAUGCCAGUUACACUGGAAGUGCCUGUGACUGCUCUUUAGACACCAGAACCUGUCUAGCCACCAACAAACAGAUCUGUAACGGUCGAGGUAUAUGCGAAUGUGGCGUCUGCAGAUGCACUGACCCCAAGUUCCAGGGUCCUACCUGUGAAAUCUGCCCUACCUGCCCAGGCGUCUGCACAGAGCAUAAGGAGUGUGUCCAAUGCAGAGCUUUUGGUACAGGCGAGAAGAAAGACACUUGUGAUGAAGAGUGCAACUUUUUCAACCUCACCAAAGUGAAGGACAGAGACAAGCUGCCACAGCCUGUCCAGGCUUUCCCCCUCAUGCACUGCAAAGAGAGAGAUGCCAACGACUGCUGGUUCUACUACACCUAUGCUGUCAAUAACAAUGGAGAGAAAGAGGUCCACGUGGUAGAGAAAUUGGAAUGCCCUACUGGUCUCGACAUCAUCCCCAUCCUGGGUCUUCUGUAGAAGUUCCUCUAUAGAUAACAGUUUACUUUUGAGAUAAUUGCAAGGAAACAGCAGAGCCAAGACCCAGAAGCCCCUCUAGGCAACCAGACCCCCAUGGAACUUUCAGCUGCUUUUGGGUAAAGAGGUGGAAGACCACAGGUAUCUGGUGGGACCGUCAACACUUCAGUUAUCUUCAAAUCACAGUGACAUUCCAAAACCAGCUCUCAAGAGUUGUCCCCAGAAUUCAAAAUUGGUGUAGUGUGUCUAUUGAUGACUCUGCCUCAUUAUGUUAUUUGAUGGUCUUGAUCGUUUAUUCAAGAUAGAUUUGUCCAUUGUUUGACCAUAAGUAGCUUUGUCUUGUAAUAAGCCCUUGUACUGUUAUUACACUUAUUUUUAAGGUGAAAACACUGAGUCAUUAGAUUUGGAAGGGGUCGCAUUACAGGAUGAAUUAGCAGCAGUAGGGUUUUCUUAAAGAUAAUAACAUGUAAUGCUAAGCAGUCCAUUUUCACUGGUUGAUCAAAUUAUAGAUUUACAUGGCUGAUAAAUUAUAGUAUGGUAACUGUAUUAAUUAAAUAAAAUAUAAAAAGUA